GUUUUGACCGGAUGUUGCAUGUGCAGCUCCGGUUUUGACACGAAGGCGCUGAACCGGAAGCCAAACAAGGAAGAAUGUUACGUGUCGUUUUCGGAGUUUCAGUCAUUCAGAAAUCUGCUGAGGACCUUCAGUAGUGAAACCUCUGCUGCUGAAAACCUCCCUGUUGAUGAGCUCUGCACAUCUCUGCUUACUACAUCUACCAGCUGAAGGAUGAAGGCUUUGAUUCUGGUUGGGGGGUACGGGACCCGGCUACGACCGCUCACCCUGAGCGUCCCCAAGCCGUUGGUGGAGUUCUGCAACAAGCCCAUACUGCUGCACCAGGUGGAGGCGCUGGUCAAGGCCGGGGUGAACCACGUAGUUCUGGCUGUCAGCUACAUGUCGGAGCUGUUGGAGAGAGAGAUGAGAGUCCAGGAGAAGAGACUCGGGAUUCGGAUCUCUCUGUCUCACGAGAAGGAGCCUCUGGGAACCGCGGGACCCCUGGCACUGGCCCGAGAGCUGCUGAACGUCGACAACGAGCCGUUCUUUGUCCUCAACUCGGACGUCAUCUGUGACUUUCCUUUCAAAGAUCUGCUGCAGUUCCACCGCAGCCACGACAAGGAGGGAACCAUUGUGGUAACUCGGGUGGAGGAGCCGUCUAAAUACGGCGUGGUGGUUUACGAGUCGGAGAGCGGCAGGAUCCAGCGCUUCGUCGAGAAGCCGCAGGUCUUCGUCUCCAACAAGAUCAACGCCGGCAUGUACAUCUUCAAUCCCAGCAUGCUCAGCAGGAUACAGCUCAGACCAACGUCUAUCGAGAAAGAAAUAUUUCCUGUCAUGGCAGGAGAGGCGCAGCUGUACGCCAUGGAGCUGCAGGGGUUCUGGAUGGACAUCGGUCAGCCCAAAGACUUCCUCACAGGAAUGUGUAUGUACCUACAUUCACUGCGACAACAUGCUCCGGAGAGGCUGCACACAGGGCCCGGUUUCCUUGGUAACGUCCUGGUGGACCCGACCGCUCAGAUCGGGGAGAACUGCACCAUUGGCCCGAACGUCACCAUCGGCGCCGGUGUUAUUGUUGAGGACGGUGUGAGGAUAAAACGGUGCACGGUGCUGAAAGGGUCGAGGGUCCAAUCGCACUCCUGGUUGGAGAGCUGCAUCGUCGGAUGGAGCUCCUCUGUCGGGCAGUGGGUCCGUAUGGAGAAUGUGACGGUGUUGGGGGAGGAUGUGAUUGUAAAUGAUGAGCUCUACCUGAACGGCGCCAACGUCCUGCCUCAUAAAUCCAUCAACGAGUCGGUGCCAGAACCACGAAUCAUCAUGUAGCGCCAGACGGAGGAGAUCUCAGCUAAUUCUCUACUAAAUGAAAACCCACUUUGUGCCGGACAGGCGAAGAGAAACCAACAAGUGGAAGAUGAACAACCAACUUUUUUUUGUUUUAUUCAAUUUUGAUUUGGACCCGUUUUAACUCUGCUUGGCUGCAACUUCCACCAGUCAGAAAUUACAGCACAAACCUAGAGGGCAGGAAGUUAAACCUUUAUCGGGACAGACGUCUGUGUCCUGAAUGGGAUGGAUGUUAUGGAGGUACAGAAAAAAACAAGGGAGAGGUUGGUGCACCUGGUGGACGGGUUUAUGGGUGGUGGGGUUAGAGAGCAAAAUGAACACUGCUACUAAGACUUUAGGUAUUUACUCUGCUCAUGGCCUCUGAAGGAUCAGACAGCUCCAGGUCCAAAUCCGGACUCUUGAUUCUGAGAAACUUGUUCAAAUAUGAAGGUUUGUUAUUUUUCUGUAAGUGCAGCAGAAAACCUGGAAUGAACUUGGCGAUACUGAUCCUAACUUAGAUGAACACUUCUUGAUACUCGACAGAUUUUCUUUUUCAUAAAAACCACUUUUCAUGGUUUGGAAACAAACAGCUGCUGCUCAGUUUAAAGCUGACAGGAUGAAGCAAGUUUUCCACAACAAUCAGCUUAUUGUUUACAGGCGGCAUCGGGACUGCUUCUGUUUUAGUUCCUUAAAAACAGACUUUAAUAUCUCCUGAAAUAAUGUACGCUGGCACCUCGUCUGAGGAGAAACAUUACUAAAUCUAAAUGUGGAUAAAUCAGCUUAAUUAGGAGAAAACCAGCAGUGGAUGGCAACAUGUUCACUGUACAUGAAAUAUGAUUCAGUUUAAAGAGUUUCUUGUUUAAGUCGAAUUGUUGGUCCUCAGCAGCAUCUGUGUAGCUACAGCGUCUCACUAAUGUUUGAGUUAUUUUCUGUCCCUGUAACACAUUUUAACGUGUCGACAUCCUAUAUCUGUUUGGCUUUUUUGUGAAUAAUUAUUCAGUUGAUUCUACAGAUUUAUUCUUUUUUUGUAAUUGAUUUCUCCAGAAGUUAAAUCUGUCAUUUUGCUUGUAGGAUCAUUACAUACAGCCACUAAAACAAGUUGGACCACACUAUGAAAAAGGUCAUUUCUUUUUUUAUUAUUUUGAAAACUAAUCUAAAAAAAAGAUUUUUCUAUGAAAAAUAUAUUUUUAAAAGCACUUAACUAAAUUCCAGCAGUCAGAUCGAAUUAAUGACAAAUGUAAAAAUACACUUUAAAAGUUUGAUAAUUGAGGCAUCAGCUGAUUAAAAAUAGAUAAAGUUUCCUUCAAACUUACUGUUAAUUACUUCCAUCAACUACACUUUUUUUAUGAACCAUUUCUACAUUAAUUAUUCUGGUAUUUCAAUACAUUGUGUUAAAACUUAAAGUCUAUUUUUUCUGUGUAACAGAAGAGGGUUAAUUAAGAGAAACAGAUUGAAUUAAAGUGUCUCUAUCUGAUAAAACAUAAUAAAAUUUGCCACACUGAUUGUAGGUUAAACACGUAAUUUUCCACCAGUAGAAUAAUCUCAUGUUUAAGUUGUUUUACCUCGAAGCUCAGAGAGAAUCUGUUGCUGCCUGAGAAACGAGAUAUAAUGUGAAAAACGCUUUUUGGUUGCAGUGUUGAACAUUUUCUUUGCAAACUGGAUUUUUCUUCUCUUAGAGUGAAACUAAAAACUAACAAAUAAAAACACCAAAUAUUUGAUGCCCCAGGGUUGGGUUGAUGUAGGAUAAACCCUCAGGACUCACCUUUGUGGUCUCCUCCUUGCUUUACAGGAGCAAAGACCUGGAGGUUCUUGGUGAAAACUCCUCCAGCUUUGUUCAUUUAGCAAAAACACUACUGAGAUAGAAAAGCAGGUUCUGGUGAACGUUUAGGUGUUCAGAAGCUUUCUCUGACUGUCUCAGCACUGGUUGUGAUUUUCAUUCUAAAACGUCACCUCUCUGAAGACAUUCAGUCUUUCAGCCUGCUGGAGGUACCAGGAACUCCCCGGAGGAGCAGACGGUUGAAACGGUUAUAUUAGAGGUACGAACGCUCCUGACAGGAGUGUUGUUGAAGUCCUUGUGGGAAAUCCUGAAAGGGAUUGAGGCGUAAUGUGUAAAAUAUUUAGAGGAAUUUGAGGAUGAGGAGUUUUCGGAUCUUCUGGCUGCAGAGAUCUCAUCCUGGAUGAGUCCUGAUUAACCCCGUUUACCUGUUUAUUCGCCGCCUGUCAGACAGCUGAUGGUUGCGAAGAAGGGGAGAGCUGCUGUUAUGCAGUUCCUGAUCAACAGUCUGGUGUCUAAAUGUGUGAAAAAUCUGUGAAGGAAGUUUUCCUGUUUAUAAAGAUUUGUUUCUUAAAAAAAUAAAUCCUCUUAAUGUUUUUGGA